GAAUGGAGUUGUCUGCUAGUCUGCCCAUCAUCAUCAUCAUCAUCAUCGUCUUGGUCUGUCUGGCUGGGAUAGCGGAAUUGCAGGUUGUUGUAUUCGCGACGGAACUGUCCGAGCUCAAAUGCUUUGACUAAAUGAUGUGGGAUUAAAAGAAAAAAUAAGGACAACAUACCUUCUUGGAUUCAUUUGUUAUACGAUACUGGUCUCUGCUUCGAAAUGUCGGGGAAAAUAGAGAGUAAGCAAGAUUCUCAACGCUCCCAUUUGUCUUCCUUUACAAUGAAGCUCAUGGACAAGUUCCACUCUCCCAAAAUCAAAAGGACACCUUCAAAGAAAGUCAGCAAGCCACCUUUAGAACUUAGCGUCAGCACAGCAGAGAAACCCAACAUCAAGAGUCUCAGCCGGUUAGAGGAGAAUGAGAAAGACGUGGUUAGUGCCUUGCGUUACUUCAAGACCAUCAUUGACAAGAUGGUGGUGGACAAGAAGGUGCUGGAGAUGUUACCAGGUUCUGCCAGUAAGGUCCUGGAGGCCGUUCUUCCUCUGGUUCAAGUGGAGCCAAGGAUCCAGCACAGUUCGGCGGUGUCUUCCUGUUUGAACCGUGUCUACCAGAGUCUGGGCAAUCUCAUCCGCUGGUCCGACCAGGUCAUGCUGGAGGGCGUUGACCUGGAAGACAAAGAAACCAUUGUGACCGUCACCACUGUGAUCAAAGCCGUGCUCGACGGUGUUAAGGAGCUGGUUAAACUGACCAUAGAGAAACGGGAGCGUCCCUCUCCCACAUCCCCCGUCAAGCCAGUGCCACCGGCUGCUCUGCCCGAGAGCACGACCGAGCUGUCUGCCAAUGAAAAGGAGAAGGACCGUCUGGACAAAACCUCGUCCCCGGUUCCGUCCACAGAGGUCCUGAACGAACACACUGGACCGGAGGAGGAUGAGGUGGAGAUGGCGCCGCCUAAACCCCCUCUUCCGGGCCCCAAGACGGCUGAACACAAUCCGCCGGCUCUCCCUCCAAAGAAGCGCCAGUCAGCCCCCUCCCCCACCCGACUGGCAGUGGUGUCACCGAUGAGCCGGGCCACCAGUGGUGGUAGUUUCCCACUGGGCAUUGGCCUCCUCAAACAGGAGAACGAAGUGGAUGCGUUGCAGCGACGCUUCUCCGGGGGCAGCCACUCGUACGGAGGGGAGUCCCCGCGCCUGUCGCCCUGCAACAGCAUGGGCAAGCUGAGCAAGUCCGACGAGCAGCUGUCCUGGACGGUGGACAGUGGGCAGUGCUCACGCAACACCAGCUGUGAGACUCUGGACACAGCAGAACACUACGACCCGGACUAUGACUUCCUGCACCAGGACCUGUCCAGCCUGGAGCAGAUGCCUCCUGUGCUGGCUGGCGGGUGCCUCAGCCCCCUGCCCGAGUCCCACAGCGAAUCGUCCUCCCCCUGCCCUGGCCCCGGUGCACCGCUGGCACAGCCCGACUUCAGUCCCGCCUCCCUCCAGGGUUCCUCCCCUCUGUACUCCCGCACGGCUCCCGCCCCGCCGCCCCCGGCGCUGCCGGAGAAGAAGCGUCGCAGCGGCGCCUGCUCCGGCUCCUCUGACGGCUUCUACUCGGGCUCCUCCUGGCGCAGCUCGUUCGAGCGCUACCCGUCCCAGUAUGACAACCUCAUGGAGGAGGAUGUGCCGCCCUUUCCCCUCUCCACGCCCGACAUCUCGUCCAUGGUGGGGUUUGUGUCGGAGUUCGGCGCUGGCGAGGCCACAGACCCCCCACAGAGUCCACCCCCACUACCGGAGAAGAAGAGCCGUCACAUCCUGAAGUACAUGCAGUUUGUGGAGGACUACUCCGAGCCCCAGCCCUCUGUCUUCUACCAGACAGCGCAGAGCGAGAGCAUCUACGAGCAGCGCAACAAGCGCUUCCAGGAAGUGUAUGGUUUCAACGACUCAUUCAGCAGCAGCGACUCUGUUCACGAGCUCGUCCCGCCCCCGGCACUACCGCCCAAACAGAGGCAGCUGGCCUCCCACUCUUCCUCUCCUUCUUCCUCCUCCUCGUCCUCUCUCUCCUGCCACCUCCAGCAAUCUAAUGCCGUGCUGGUGGUGGAUGAGGUUGGGGCUGCUCUCAGCAUGUCUGUCUCUAACUCCUUCCUGAGCCGCCAGACCUCCCUGACCACCCCAAUGCAUAAGACAAUUCUCCGGUCCUAUUCUCAGGACUUUGGGCCUCUCUGCCAGUCUUCCAUUCCACAUCUCCUCUCAUCUUUCUCUCCCUACUCUCCCAUUGUCCACCAAUCACAGAGCAUGGACCUCGCGGCCCCGCCCAGUGGCUGCCCUGAACCUGUGCUGGUGGCCAAUGGCUCGCUGGACAGCUCUGGUGCCUGUCUUGGCAUCUGCCUUCCUACUGACUCUUCUUUCUCUGACACGCGUCAGACCUCUUUGAGCGAAAGCGCUAAUGAGGAAGGAGGGGAGGGAGAGUAUGUCGACCUGUACUCGUCCAGCCAAGCCAACGGAGACGGGCUGCCCCCCCGCCCAGACUCGUCUGCCUUAGACGACUCACUGGACGACGCUGCCUCGAAGGACGCGCUGUGCAAUAACCAGGACGUGGCCGAUGACGGACGAAGGCAGAACUCCUGUGACGGAGGGCAGAGCGGCGAGGAGGCUGAUGAGCUUUCUCUGGUCGAUCACGCGGAGAUCAUGUCUCGGAUAACACUAAAGCAGGAGAAUGAUGACGGCCCAGAUGUCCGAGCCGGAUCAGGGGAUAUUUUGUUAGUCCACGCCACAGAAACAGACCGCAAAGAUCUUGUCCUGUACUGUGAGGCUUUCCUGACAACGUACAGGACCUUCAUAACACCCGAGGACCUCAUCAAAAAGCUGCACUACAGAUACACUAGGUUUUGUCACAGCCCAGAUACAUUCAAGAAGAGAGUGAGCAAAAACACCUUUUUUGUUCUGGUCCGUGUGGUCGACGAGUUGUGUCUGGUGGAGAUGACAGAGGACAUCCUGAAGCAGUUGAUGGACCUGGUGUUCAGGCUGGUGUGUAACGGUGAGCUGAGCUUGGCCCGCGUGCUGCGCAACAACAUCCUGGACAAAGUGGAGCAGAGGAAGCAGCUUCGCUACACCCACUCCCUCAAACCACUGGCUGCACGGGGUGUAGCGGCCAGACCGGGAACCCUGCACGAUUUUCGCAGUCACGAGAUUGCCGAUCAGCUAACUCUCCUGGACGCAGAGCUCUUCUACAAAAUCGAGAUUCCUGAGGUUCUGCUCUGGGCAAAGGAGCAGAAUGAGGAGAAGAGUCCCAACCUCACACAGUUCACAGAGCACUUUAACAACAUGUCCUACUGGGUCCGCUCCCUAAUCAUUCUGCAGGAGAAAGCCCAGGACCGGGAGAAGCUCCUCCUCAAGUUCAUCAAAAUAAUGAAGCACUUACGGAAGUUAAAUAAUUUCAACUCGUAUUUGGCAAUAUUGUCUGCCUUGGAUUCAGCUCCUAUCCGAAGACUGGAAUGGCAGAAAACCACCUCAGAGGGUCUAGAGGAAUACUGCACCUUAAUAGACAGCUCCUCCUCGUUCCGGGCCUACCGAGCAGCUCUGGCUGAUGUGGAGCCCCCAUGUAUACCAUAUCUGGGUCUUAUUCUUCAGGACCUGACCUUUGUCCAUCUGGGCAACCCUGACCACAUCAACUCCAAGGUCAACUUCUCUAAGCGCUGGCAACAGUUCAACAUCCUGGACACCAUGAGGCGCUUCCAACAAGUGCAUUAUGAUCUGAAACACAACGACGACAUUGUCUCCUUCUUCAAUGACUUCGGCGACCACCUGGCAGAAGAGGCUCUGUGGGAGCUGUCGCUGAAGAUCAAACCUCGGAAUAUUACGCGCCGCAAAACAGAGCGUGAAGCGAAGACAUAGGGCUGGGUCCUGGUGUACCGGCCCUCGGGUCACCAUACAAACUUAAAACGGAAUUACAAGAGACUACAAUCAAGUAGAACUGUGAAGGCAGCUAAAAGACUGGCACUUUUUUUGUUACAGUUGUUUACAGGAGCUCGAUGACUUGCGAUUUCACUGGGUUUCAGUCCAGGUAUGAGGACGGCCCGUGGAGAGAGACUGCAGAACACGUGUUGGGAGGCCCACUAAGAGGGUUCUCCUGUUCACCUUUGUGGCACCAACCUCAUCCACCCAAUGCCAUGUUGUGGGUACAACUCAAGCACUUCAGAAUGUGCUUAGGGGUUCUCCCUCUCAUGGCCUGAGAGAGUCUGACUGAAACCCUGUAGGUGUGUGGCAUUGGAAACACUGUUCUGUGGCACUCAAUUUAGAAUUUCUUUUUUUACACGGGACACCAGCUCUUUUUUUUUGCCAUAAACUGUGACAACAUAACACAGCUGAUGAACUGCAAUUAGUGGUGCAGAACUUUGAGACAAAGACACUCAAAUCACCCCAUGUCUGUUUCUGGACAGGUAGAAAACUAUUUUACAGACGCACAUAAGAUGGAAUUUUAUAAUAAUAAUAAAAAAAUGUAUUUUUUUUUUUUUCUUUUUUUUUUUCAAGGAAGUAUUGUAUGUAUAAUCCUGUCUGACUAAUGCAAUGCAGUUGUCCUUUGGUUCUUUUAAAGGAUCUGAGAAGGAUAAUGGGGAGACAUGAGACAUGAAGCUCAUAUUUGUGCACUUAAUAUCAAAUGAACAAAAUGGUAUGUGAACAGUGUGUCACGGGAUCUGUAAAUAGCAAUGGAGACAGAAACCAGAAGUGAACGCGAAGGUCGUCUUGUAAACAUGCAGGUUCUACCUGUAGGGUGCCCCCCCCCCCAACCUGGUCCCCAAUACCUCCUGUUUAAUCUGGAUGGCGUUUGGCUCCGAUACCCAAAGACUGAAGUCCCCUCAAUGCCAAAUGAAGGCCGUUGCAAAUGCAGGAUAGCACAUCGGUACCGCUGUCUCUUGACAGAAUCAUCCGGAACAGGCCCUACAGAUCCCUGUGCAAAUAAAUAAAACAUGAAGUAUU